UUUUGGACUUCAUAAUUUGGAAGAUAGAGUGGGAUACACGCGCUAUAAAAGAAAAGUGGAACUGCGCGUAGCUCAUCUCUUUGAUUUGGUUGCAGGGUUCAUCCACUUCACUGCCACAAAUACAAGCAGCUGAGAAUCUCCUCUGCAUCAAAAGUAUAUAUGGUGAGGUCUUAAACAGAACACAGAUAUGGCAAUUUCUCUCAAUUCAAUUGUUGGCUUCAACUCAACGUUGCCAGCCAAAUACAAGGAUGUGUCAAGAUCUUCAAUUAGAGCUUCAACACCAAAGGCAACACAAUUCACAUUUUCCUCAGGAAUUAUUGGUUCAAGGGUACAUAUAAAGGAAAAAAGAGGAGGCUUUUGUCUUUCAGUUGCAGACAGUGACCGCCUUGCUACAGACACCAGUGAUGAGGCUCUUGACAAUGCUGAAAGUGUUGAUAAUGAGUCAGGAACUCAAACAUCCGGACCUUCUAAUGGUUCCACAGUUUCUUCCAAUGUUCCCAAAAGAUCACCGCUAACAGCAAGAGAGAGACUAAAGGCUGCACGAGUUCUCAGCCGUUACACAGAAUCAAGGACAACAAAAUCAGAAAUGGGAAGCAAAGUAUUGGAUGCUUUAAAGGAAAGUGACAAGGGGAAGAAGAGAUCUGGCCUUCCAGAAGCUCCUAUGGACUUGUUUGACGACAGCAAGCGAGGCUUACCAAAGGACGGUUGGACUUUCCAAUUUCCCGGAGGCAAUGAUCUCUUUGUCAUUGCUCUUUCAUUUGUUCUCAUCAGCACAAUUAUGUUCACGACAACUUACAUUGUUUGGAAAGUUGGCGCAAUCCAUUUCAAUGAAUACUAAGGUGGAGUUCAAUAGGAUUCUGCAUUUAUCAAUGAGCUACCUCUUUUAUUCAUCCGCCAAACAUAACAAGACUGGUUUUUACAUCAGGUACAUUAAUUGGUAGGAUUUUUAAGGUUUAAUAGACAAGUUACAUACAUAUGAAUGUACAAAAAUUGUUUGGCCAACCUUUACAUAUACAUCAAAGAAAUGCAUAUGGGCAUUGCCCGUUUGUCGAUCUUCUGUAGAUUGUCUCACUUCUGUAUUAAAUUUGUUUGGUGAUUAUGUUGCUUAAUCCAUUUUUUUUGUACCAUUAUCUUGGUGUCUUUGAGUAGAAAUUCAACUGGAUUUUUUCCAA